AUGGUCGCAACUUCCCAGUAUUCCCAAUACAGAACCAGACUCGUCAUGAUCGCAUCAACUGAAAUGGUUGAAAUAAGUCAUGUUGUUAACAAUGAGAUUUUAGAUAGAUUUCCAGUUCCCACACUCAAAGACAUCCGCGAACAUAUAUCCAACCCACGCACAAACGGUAGAACAAACGCUAUCGGAGACUUUUUGAUAUUUCGUACCUUUUUCAAUAAACGGUUUUCUCAAGACCGUAGUAUUGUCUCCGCUGAAUUUUCAGGCCUAUCUUCGCAUAUAUGGAACACAGCUGAAAACAAUGUUAGAGGAAGAUUUAAACAAUUGGCUAUGCAGACGAUGUCGAUGUUUAGGGACGAAGUACCAAUUAUCUGGGACCAAGAGUGA